AUGCCUGAGGUUAUUGCUUGCCCUCCAUCUCGGGUCCCUCAUAACACGCAUUCUAUGGUUACCAGGGCCAAAGAUGGUAUUCGAAAACCUCGUGUUCUGCAUGUUGAAUACUUUGAUGAAGAGCCUCGGUCCAUUAAAGAAGCUAUGAAGAUUCCUCAUUGGAAGAAAACUGCACAGCAAGAGUUUGAUGCUUUGAUUGCAAAUAAUACAUGGUCUCUGGUCUCUCUUCCUAAAGACCGUGUACAUGUCAACUGCAAAUGGAUCUUUAAGGUGAAGCGUAAUGUUGAUGGCACAGUGUCUCGGUACAAGGCUCGUCUUGUUGUGAAGGGGUUUCUUCAACGACCAGGGAUUGAUUUUCAUGAGGUUUUUAGUCUAUUGUGA